CGACCUUAAAAGGACUCACAAAUUUAUUUUGCAUUCGUUCGUAAUAGUCGGUUUACAAUGAAGGUCUUAGUAUUAUUGUUAUUUAUUACUGUAGCUUGGGCAUCGCCAAGACUGGACCCACUGGUGGAAAGCAAGAAGGGUCUGAUCCGAGGACUGCAGGCUACAGAUGGAGACUAUGCCAUGUUCCUUGGCAUACCAUAUGCUAUGGUCAACUAUACAAAUCCAUUUGGGACUGCUCUACCGUAUCCCGAUUUUAAGGGCACAUUUGAGGCUUACGAUGAUUCGGCAAUCUGCAUACAGAAUUUACAACGAACUGAUCAAACGAUAGGCUCAUUAGAUUGUCUACAUCUCAACAUAUACGUCCCCAACAAAGCAUCGACUAGCAACAAACUGCCAGUAUUAUUUUGGAUACAUGGUGGUAGAUUUCUGUACGGUAACGGAGGAAGAACUCAAUUCGGUGCUAAAUAUUUAGUCAAGAAAGAUGUUAUCCUAGUAACUAUUAAUUAUAGAAUAGGUUUAUACGGAUUCAUGUGUUUAGACACACCUGAAGUUCCAGGGAAUCAGGGCUUGAAGGACCAAGUAGCAGCAUUAAGAUGGGUUAAAGAAAACAUAGAAGCUUUCGGUGGGGAUCCUAAUAAGGUUACAAUUUCUGGUGCUAGUGCUGGAGGGGUAUCUGUUGAUUAUCACCUUUUAUCAAAGAAAGAGAAGCUAUUCGAUAAAGCUAUCAGUCAAAGCGGGACAAGUUUAUGUCCCUGGGGAAUUAUGGAGUCCGAUAGGAAUAUACCAAUUAGAAUUGCUACACAUUUAGGAUAUGAAACUGAUGAUACUAACGAAGCAGUGCAAUAUUUAGCUACGUUAGAUCCAAAUGUAGUUGUAUCAGCAGAAAUUGAUCUAGCAAUCACUUGUGUACCAUGUGUUGAGAAAGAAUUUGAUGGUAUUGAAAAUUUCAUAACAGAUCAUCCAAUGAAUUAUGAUAUAAGUAAAGCGAAGACUAUACCAAUUCUAAUAGGUUAUACGAAUAUGGAGAAGCUAUUUGAAUUCUAUAACAAACCAGCGGACAAGUACAAUGAAAGAGAAAUAUUUGAAGAUAAUCUUGGUCUAGCAUUUAAUAUGAUAGAUGACGAUCAAGUGAAAUUACUUAAGCAAUUUUACAUAGGUGAUGAAAUUGUGGGUGAAAAUGUUAAGUACGAAUUAUCAGAUUAUGAUUCUGAUUUUACAUUUAUUCAUCCAAUCCAUAGAAGACUUUCAAGUUACUUAGAAAACGAUGGUAAAGUCUACCAUUAUGUUUUCCGAUACAGUGGUGGUAGAAACUUUGGUAAGCUAAAGGAUAAUAUAACAUAUCCUGGUGCGAUACACUCUGAUGAAUAUGGAUAUUUAUUCAAUAUGGCCUUAUUAUCGGAUACACCGACAAUAGAAGACCAAGUUACAAAAGAUAGGAUGACUACUAUGUGGACGAAUUUCGUUAAAUUUGGAGACCCAACUCCGGAGAUAUCAAAACUUCUACCCAUUAAAUGGAUGCCGAUAACUAAAGGUGCAUUUAAUUAUUUAGAUAUUGAUAAUGAAUUGACAAUGAAAAAGAGGUCAUAUCAUGCACGUAUGGCUUUCUGGGAUUUAUACUAUGAAAGAAACAAGAAAUCAUUAAAAGGUUAUAAAGAUGAAUGAGGGUAGAUAUAAGUUUUUUAAAUAAACAUUUUUUUUUAUUUAAAAUGGUA